CUUAUUUUUCCCUCCAGAUUCCCGCGGGCUUUUCGAAACGCUUCCACCUCUCCCUGCUUCUCCCGUCGGAGAAUGGAGGCAUCACCGCCGGACAUAUCUCCUGAGAGGUCUCCGACGGCGGCCCCGAGAAUACAUCGCUUGGAGGAAUCCGUCAUCAAUAGGAUCGCCGCUGGAGAGGUGAUCCAACGCCCGGUGUCAGCCGUGAAGGAGCUCGUGGAGAAUAGUCUCGACGCCGGAUCGACGUCCAUCAAUGUUGUUGUCAAGGAUGGUGGCCUGAAGCUCAUCCAAGUUUCAGAUAAUGGACACGGUAUUCGGUUUGAAGACCUGCCAAUACUUUGUGAAAGACACACCACAUCAAAGCUAAGUGCAUUUGAAGACCUUCAAACUAUAAAGUCAAUGGGGUUUAGAGGAGAGGCAUUGGCCAGCAUGACAUAUGUUGCUCAUGUUACAGUUACAACAAUAACUGAAGGUGAAUUGCAUGGAUAUAGGGUAUCAUAUAGAGAUGGAGUGAUGGAGCAUGAGCCUCGACCAUGUGCUGCAGUGAAAGGAACCCAAGUCAUGGUUGAAAAUCUUUUUUAUAACAUGUCAGCUCGAAGGAAAACAUUGCAGAGUUCUAAUGAUGACUAUUCCAAAAUUGUGGACUUAAUUAGUAGGUUUGCAGUUCACCAUAAGAAUGUCAGUUUUUCGUGCAGAAAGCAUGGUGUGAAUAAAGCAGAUGUUCAUACUGUGGGGUCAAACUCAACCAUGGCUGCAAUAAGAGCUGUAUAUGGACUCUCUAUAUCUCGUGAUUUAGUCGAUGUGACGGCUUCAGAGAAUGAUCCUUCUCAAUCAGUAUUUGACAUGAAGGGCUUCAUUUCUAAUGCAAAUUACAAUGCCAAGAAAACAACUAUGGUGUUGUUUAUAAAUGAGAGGUUAGUUGAAUGCACACCCCUGAAACGUGCUAUUGAAGUAGUUUAUGCCGCAACCGUGCCAAAAGCAGCAAAACCUUUUGUCUACAUGUCAAUUGUGCUUCCUCCUGAACAUAUAGAUGUGAAUGUGCAUCCAACAAAGAGAGAGGUUAGCUUGUUGAAUCAAGAAUAUAUAGUUGAUGCUAUACAAAAUGCAGUUCAGUCAAAGAUGAUAAGCUCUAAUACAGAGAGAACAUUUCACAUACAGACUUUACUUCCUGGUGCUUCUAGCCUCCUGAAUGCACAUAAAAGCACAGAACAAAAUUCCUCACCUGGGACGCAAUCGCAGAAGGUUCCAGUUAAUAAAAUGGUGAGGGUUGAUUCCCUUGAUCCAGCUGGCAGGAUGCAUGCCUACUUGCAGGACAAAUCAAUUGGAAAAUGUGAUUCUAAAACUGAUUUGGCUUCUGUUAGGUCUGCUGUACGACAAAGGCGAAAUCCCAAGGAAAGUGCUGAUUUAACUAGCAUUCAAGAACUUCUUAGUGAUGUUGAUUCCAAUACUCAUGCUGGUCUGCUGGAAAUUGUGAAACAUUGUACAUAUAUUGGAAUGGCUGAUGAUUUUUUGGCACUUCUUCAAUAUAAUACUCGGUUGUAUCUCAUGAACGUUGUGAAUAUAAGCAAAGAGCUUAUGUAUCAGCAAGUUAUGCGGAGAUUUGCUCAUUUCAAUGCUAUACAGCUGAGUAAUCCUGCUCCUCUACCUCAGUUGAUGUUAAUGGAGUUGGAAGACCAAGAGCUGGCAUCUGCAUGUCAGGAGAGUGAUGGAGAAAAGGACAAAAUUGUGAAAAUGAACACAGAGCUACUUAAGCAAAAAAGUGAGAUGCUGAUGGAGUAUUUCUGCCUUGAAAUAGAUCAAGCAGGGAACUUGUCCAAGCUACCAGUUAUCAUUGAUCAGUACACACCUGAUAUGGAUCGUCUGCCUCAGUUUGUUUGGAGAUUAAGUAAUGAUGUUGAUUGGGAUGAUGAAAGGAAUUGCUUCCAAUCAGUUGCAGCUGUCCUUGCUGAUUUUUAUGCUAUGCAUCCUCCUCUCCUGCCUAACCCUUCAGGUGAAGGGCUGCAAUUUUAUAAAAAGAAUUUGGAAAGAAGUGGCCAAGAUGACUGCCUAUCUUCAGAAGACGUCAUCAAUGAAGAGUUAGUUGGUGUAGCUGAAACAGCAUGGUCACAGAGGGAAUGGACCAUUCAGCAUGUCUUGUUUCCUUCCAUGAGGCUGUUCUUGAAGCCUAACAAUCAAAUGGCAACGGAUGGGACUUUUGUUCAGAUUGCAACCCUCGAAAAGCUUUACCGGGUCUUUGAAAGAUGUUGAGCCAUUUUGAGCCAGACUGCAUAGAGAAGUGAUGAGACUGCCAAGUAUCCCCCUCUUCGGUAUUACUGGAGGAGUAGCUUUAGUGCAUCAUUCUUAGAUCCUGAGCCAUUCUGAUCAGUAUUGACUACGUGCACUGACACUGCUGAUACGUGUUCCGCUUAUGCUGAUCAGAAACCUAGAGCGACAGCAAUGUAAAGAACUGCCUUCCCUUACGUCCCAGUUAUUCUGUAAUAAAGGUCGCACUCUUCUGCUGGUCAUUUUUGUUGUAUUUUCAUGUAUAGCUAGCAGUUGCUCUCUCUCUCUUGCUCGCUUGCUCACGGGGCAGAUGAUGCAUUCAUAUAUAAAUGUCAGGCAAAAUUAGAGCUGAGUUGUACACUCAUCGAUCAUGCUUGGUGGUAUUAGUUUAUCCAAUAAUUUUGUUUAACA